AAAUCCAAACAACAAAUUUGAAAGUUAAAAAAAAAAAUUAAACAAAACAAAAACGAGUCAGAGGAGUGAACAACUUUUCGUGAAAAAAAAAAGUUUAAGAGGAAGUUACAUUCAUCCAUUUGCGUAGGGCCAAGUCAGGAAGGAAAAAAACUCUUUUCAUUUUUUUUUAACUCCCCUCAAAAGGCCAAUUCAAAAAAGUCACCAUGGCACAUGGGGCCAGUCGUUAUAAGAAGUCAAGGGCAAAGAUGCGCUGGAAGUGGAAGAAAAAGAGAACGAGACGAUUGCAAAAGAAGAGAAGAAAGAUGAGACAGAGAUCGAGGUAAUUUCCACCACCUCACAGCAGCUGUUGUUUUGAAGCGGAAACGCGGAAGGAAGAACGAGAGAGCGAUAAAUAUACCUUACACACACGAACGUACACAAAUAUACAUUCACGCUUUGUCCAGAUAGGGGGAACCCACCCUU